AUGGACGAAAUAGGCUUGGGAUCCAACGAACAACAGAAGGAUGAUUCCAACACUGCAGACUCCCGCCCUGGGACCGGGAUGGCUGGAGCAUCAGGUGAUCCUAUGAAUCCUGACAUCGAGGAUCUGUAUGUCAAAUACAAGAAACUCCAAAAGCAGCUGGAAUUCUUAGAGGUACAAGAGGCGUACAUAAAAGAUGAACAGAAGAACCUGAAAAAGGAAUAUCUACAUGCGCAAGAAGAGGUUAAGCGUAUUCAGAGUGUCCCUCUGGUCAUUGGUCAAUUCUUAGAAGCGGUAGACCAUAACAACGGCAUCGUGGGCUCAACGACAGGAUCCAACUACUAUGUGAGAAUUCUGAGCACCAUAGACAGGGAGCUACUGAAGCCGUCGGCAAGUGUGGCCCUCCACAAACACAGCAAUGCCCUGGUGGAUGUUCUACCACCUGAAGCAGAUAGCAGCAUCACCAUGUUACAAGCAGAUGAGAAGCCAGAUGUCCAGUAUGCAGACAUUGGAGGUAUGGACAUUCAGAAACAGGAAGUGAGGGAGGCUGUGGAGCUUCCGCUGACUCACUUUGAGCUCUACAAACAGAUCGGCAUUGACCCACCUCGUGGUGUUCUCAUGUUUGGACCUCCAGGCUGUGGCAAAACUAUGUUGGCCAAAGCUGUGGCCCAUCACACUACAGCUGCGUUUAUUCGUGUGGUGGGAUCUGAGUUUGUCCAGAAGUACCUGGGAGAGGGUCCCAGAAUGGUCAGAGAUGUGUUUAGAUUAGCCAAGGAGAAUGCACCAGCCAUCAUCUUCAUUGAUGAGAUAGAUGCCAUUGCUACGAAGCGGUUUGAUGCUCAGACAGGAGCUGACCGUGAGGUGCAGAGAAUCUUGCUGGAGCUGCUCAACCAGAUGGAUGGCUUUGAUCAAACCGUCAAUGUUAAGGUUAUCAUGGCAACCAACAGAGCAGACACUCUGGACCCGGCUCUGCUGCGACCAGGUAGGCUGGACAGAAAGAUUGAGUUCCCCCUGCCAGACAGACGACAGAAGCGCCUCAUCUUCUCCACCAUCACCGGCAAGAUGAAUUUAAGCGAUGAAGUUGAUCUAGAGGAUUAUGUGGCCAGGCCAGACAAGAUCAGUGGGGCUGACAUCAAUGCCAUCUGCCAGGAGGCUGGCAUGCAGGCAGUGAGAGAAAACAGAUAUGUGGUGUUAGCCAAGGACUUUGAGAAGGGAUACAAGAACAACAUCAAGAAGGAUGAAACUGAACACGAGUUUUAUAAAUAA